AUGGCUCCUGUCGCUGAAACCACCUCCCCUGUGGUGCCCAUCACAGAAGGCAAACUCACCCUCAAGGGCCUAGAGCGCGCUCCCCGGCCUCUCAAGCUUAGUGGCGCCCUUGAUGCUUUCGAGUCCUUCGACGUUACUCCCGUCAUCGGACGCGAGUUCCCCAACGCCAGCCUGAAAGACUUUCUGCGCGCUCCAAACUCCGAUGAGCUGCUCCGUGACCUUGCUAUCACCGUAUCUCAGCGCGGUGUUGUUUUCUUCCGGAAACAAGAUGGCCUAGACAACGACCUCCAAAAAGAACUCGUUCAACGACUCGGAGAACUCUCUGGAAAACCCAAGACUUCCGGUCUACACAUCCACCCAAUUGUUAACUCAAGUCGUGAGCACGGCGUUCAAGAUGACGAGAUCAGCGUCAUCAGCUCGCAACAGCGACAGAAGCUCUUCACCGAUCGCAACCAACGCAAGCAGACUGCUCGGCGGGAAUGGCAUAGUGAUAUUACCUUCGAGCCGAUUCCAAGUGAUUAUACUAUCCUUCGUCUGACCGAGCUUCCGAAGACUGGCGGUGACACCCUCUGGGCAUCCGGUUACGAAGUCUACGACCGCAUCUCGGACCCUUACCGGAGGUUCCUUGAGGGUCUGACAGCAACAUAUGCUCAGCCUGGGUUUAAUGAAAUCGCCAAGAAGAACGAUUUCAAGGUCCAUCGUGGACCUCGUGGUGCGCCCGAGAAUGUUGGCGAGGUACUGAGUGCUCAACACCCUGUUAUUCGCACUAACCCUGUUACGGGGUGGAAGAGUGUUUUUGCCGUAGGCGUUCAUGUUGAGAAGGUUAAUGGGGUUUCUGAAGAAGAAAGCAAACAUCUUCUUAACUGGUUUGUGAAUCUGAUUGUGGAGAAUCAUGAUCUCCAAGUGCGGUUCCGCUGGCAGAAUCCGAAUGAUUUAGCAAUUUGGGACAACCGAUCUGCUUAUCAUGCUGCUACGUGGGAUUAUGAUGAUCUUGGUCCUCGGACUGGUCAUCGUGUUGUUGGACUUGGUGAGAGGCCUUACUUGGACCCAAACAGUGUUAGCAGACGAGAGGCACUGGAGAGGGAUGAAUAG